AUCAAUCACACUCCAAGCUUACCUCAGAAAAUUAUUCGAUACUUUUUUAAUGUACACGACACCUUUAAGAACGAUGUUACAAUUUAUACAUAUUUAUUUUGGAAUUUUGACACCUGGCUGGCAGACUUACAGAGCCUUUGCAAAUGGACAGCGUAACAUUAUCAUCCUCUGGCUCAAGUACUGGGUGAUCUUUGCGCUGCUCCAGGGACUGGGCUACAUCACAGAUAUCCUCUUUGGCGGCUCCCUGCUCUACACACGUCUCAAGCUGCUGCUGGCCGUAUUUCUCUGGUUUAGUUAUCCGGACAGCACCAAGACCUUAUACCAGUUGAUUGAAAAGCCAGUGCUCCGGAGUCUGGAACAGCAUCUGGCUAAUCAUGGAUAUAAAUCGCUUGGUCAGCCACUUUACCAGUUCUUUUUGACGUCCAAUCAAGAGGAUACUCACCACAUAGGUGAACUCAGUGUCAAUGCUGAAUUGUUGAAGCGGGAACUGGGCCUUCUUUUGGACGGUAUUAAUGGGAAAAGCCACAGAGGUGAGCCCCAGGUCAAUGCUGAAUUGUUGAAGCGGGAAUUAAGAAUUCUCAUGGAAGACAUUGAUGGGGGCGCCACUUCUAGCCAGGAGUCCACGCCCAGGCAGAGAAAUCUCCACAACCGCCAAGCUGUUUCCAGCAUCAACUACCUCGUCCCACAUUACCGAGUUCAUUACUCCUCGGAGGAUGAGCAAUCCGAUUCCAUGUAGCUAACUGAACUAUUGUUUUGUUGCCUUGAUUAAAUGCGGAAUGUGAUCUGAUCGGAUUAUCCGAAA